AUGCAGAAGGCGGGGCUACUCCUGAGUGUCUGUGCCCGAGCGUGGAGGUCGGUGCGGAAGGCCAGUUCCGGAAUGGCCCGCCAGCACCCACUCGCGAAUAAGGUGGCCCUAGUAACGGCCUCCACCGACGGGAUUGGCUUCGCCAUUGCCCGGCGUUUGGCCCAGGAUGGGGCCCAUGUGAUCGUCAGCAGCAGGAAGCAACAGAACGUAGACCGGGCUGUGGCCACGCUGCAGGGGGAAGGGCUAAGCGUAACGGGCACCGUGUGCCAUGUAGGAAAAGCAGAAGAUCGGGAGCGGUUGGUGGCCACGAUUCUAGACAUUAAUGUGAAGGCCGCAGCCCUGCUGACAAAGGCAGUGGUGCCAGAGAUGGAAAAACAAAGAGGCGGUUCAGUGGUGCUUGUGGCCUCCUUAGCAGCCUACACCCCAUUUCCUGCUCUGGGCCCUUACAAUGUUAGUAAAACAGCCUUGGUAGGCCUCACCAAGAACCUGGCCACAGAGCUAGCUGCAAAGAACAUUAGGGUGAACUGCCUGGCGCCUGGACUCAUCAAGACCAAAUUCAGCCAUGUGAUGUGGAUGGACAAAGAGAGAGAGGAAAGCAUCAAAGAAAUGCUGCGUAUAAGAAGGAUAGGCGAGCCAGAGGAGUGUGCAGGCAUCGUGUCUUUCCUGUGCUCUGAAGAUGCCAGCUACAUCUCUGGAGAGACCGUGGUGGUGGCUGGAGGGGCCCCUUCCCGACUCUGA